CUUAAAAUCCACUUGCACUUUACAUGUUUAUCCUCAAAAGAGACACCAACUCCCAUAAUGCAUAUCGGGAAAUGACGAUUUUUCAGUAGCCACUGCUCCAUGUCUCUUCAUUAAUGCAAUAGCAUAGCAGCCACGGUUUUUUUUCUCGAAGAUUGCUUAUUCUAAGAGAGGUGAUUGCACUGCAGCUUCAUCUCAUUGUGUGUGUGCAGGCGUCUCCAUGGUGAUGAAGUCAUCGGUGGAGGAGGAUGAUGCUGGCUGGAGUCUCGGAGUGCCAGAGAAGAUGAGAAGCAAUGCAAACUGGGUGGAUAUCACCCAGGAUUUCAAAGCAGCCUGCAGAGAGCUGAACCUCGGAGAGCUGCUCCAUGACAAACUGUUUGGGCUCUUUGAGGCCAUGUCCGCCAUCGAGAUGAUGGACCCAAAGAUGGAUGCUGGAAUGAUCGGUAACCAAGUGAACCGGAAAGUGCUCAACUUUGAGCAGGCUGUGAAGGAGGGGGCGAUACGUGUACGAGACUUAAGUCUGCCCGAGCUCAUCGGUAUCAUAGACACCUGCUUCUGCUGUCUGAUCACGUGGUUGGAGGGCCAUUCUCUAGCGCAGACAGUCUUCACCUGCCUAUAUGUGCACAACCCAGAGAUCAUCCAGGACCCUCCCCUCAAGGCCUUCUGCCUGGGCCUGCUCAAGCUGUGUGACAUUGCCCGUGACAAGAUCAACAAGGCUGCUGUGUUCGAGGAGGAAGAUUUCCAGGCCAUGACCUAUGGCUUUAAAAUGGCUAACAACGUGACAGACCUGCGAGUAACAGGCAUGCUGAAGGACGUGGAGGAUGACCUCCAGCGAAGAGUUAAGAGCACACGCAGCAGACAGGGGGAGGACCGAGAUCCUGAGGUGGAGCUGGAGCAUCAGCAGUGCCUGGCCCUGUUCAGCAGAGUCAAGUUCACACGUCUCCUCCUCACUGCACUCAUUGCUUUCACCAAGAAAGAGACCAGUUCAGUGAGCGAGGCUCAGAAGCUGAUGACUCAAGCAGCUGACCUCCUGUCUGCCAUCCACUCAACUAUUCAUCAUGGCAACCAACCCCAUAAUGACACCACUAAAGGAGAUCACCCAAUUAUGAUGGGAUUUGAGCCACUGGUGAAUCAGAGGCUCCUGCCCCCGACAUUUCCUCGUUAUGCAAAGAUCAUGAAGAGAGAGGAGAUGGUGGAAUACUUCAGCAAACUCAUCCAGCGCAUUAUCACUGUCUGCAACAUCAUCAACACCACCAACCUGCAUGGCAUUCUGGAUUUCUUCUGUGAGUUCAGUGAGCAGUCUCCUUGUGUGCUCUCCAGGUCUCUUCUGCAGACGACGUUCUUAAUUGACAAUAAGAAAGUGUUUGGAACGCACCUCAUGCAGGAUCUCAUCAAAGACGCCCUCCGAAGCUUUGUCAGUCCACCAGUCCUGUCCUCAAAAUGCAGUCUGUAUAAUAAUCCCCAGGCCAAAGACUACAUCGACUCCUUCCUCACACACUGUUCACGGCCGUUCUGCAGUCUGAUCCAGAUUCAUGGACACAACCGCGCUCGACAGAGAGACAAGCUGGGACACAUACUAGAGGAGUUUGCCACACUUCAAGAUGAGGCUGAGAAAGUGGACGCUGCCCUCCACAGCCUGCUGCUGAAGCUAGAGCCGGGUCGGCAGCACCUGGCCUGCGUGGGCACCUGGGUUCUGUACCACAGCCUGCGCAUCAUGAUCCUCUACCUGCUCAGUGGCUUCGAGCUCGAGCUGUACAGCACACAUGAGUACUACUACAUCUACUGGUAUCUGUCAGAGUUUCUGUACGCAUGGCUGAUGUCAACACUGAGCCGGGCAGACAGCUCUCAGAUGGCCGAGGAGAGGAUCCUGGAGGAGCAACAGAAGGGACGCAGCAGCAAGAAGAGCAAGAAGAAGAAAAAGGCUCGUCCUCUAGGCAAAGAGAUCACCAUGAGCCAGGCCUACCAGAACAUGUGUGCUGGCAUGUAUAAGACUAUGAUAGCUUUAGAUAUGGAUGGUAAGGUGCGUAAGCCUCAGUUUGAGCUGGACAGUGAACAGGUGCGCUAUGAGCAUCGCUUCGCCCCCUUCAACAGUGUGGUCACGCCCCCGCCCGUCCACUACAUCCAGUUUAAGGAGAUGUCUGACUUGAAGAAGUACAGCCCCCCUCCUCAAUCGGCAGACCUCUACAUGGCGGCCAGCAAACACUUUCAGCAGGCCAAACUGAUCUUGGAGAACAUCACCAGCCCUGAUGCAGAGGUCAAUCGGAUUCUCAAAGUUGCCAAACCAAACAUUGUAGUGAUGAAGCUGCUGGCAGGAGGACAUAAAAAAGAGACUAAGGCACUGCCCGAGUUUGAUUUUUCCGCGCACAAAUAUUUCCCUGUGGUGAAGAUUAUUUGAGGCCUCUCUACUGUGUGAGUGCACACAGACACACCUCUGCUGAAAGGACAAACCGUACGCUGGAACUCAGAACCCCCCUGAAGGUUGUUUAUUCUCCUCAACACUCCAAAGACAUCACUUCAUCUUUCAACAACACAAAUAAACAUACAAACAUCUAACAGUCAGUCAUCCCAGCUGCCUAAUACGCAAUUUCAUACAGAAGUUAAUUUCAAUGUUGAAUAAAAGACUUGGUAAUUAAUAUAAAAA